UCCUCUAUUGCCUUGAAGAAGACAAGACGAAAGCCUAACUCACAAAUACAAACAGUAUCUUUUUCUUAUCAUCAAUUGUUUUCUUUCGCAAUCGCAUAGAAUCUUUCUUGAUUCUUCAUUCCUUUCAUUUUCUCCAUUUCUGCCAUAUAUACCCAUUCUUUGGUUCUUUGUUUCUCAUCACAACUUCUCCGUUCUAACAAACUGUAUAGUGCAAUUCAUCCAUGGCUCCCAGCUUGAGUAAGGGUAACUCCGGCAUUGCCGAGCUCGGCGGUGGGUAUAAGCAGCCGUUGAUCGCGUUGCAAGGGUCGGACUUUGUGGCUAAUGGCCACCGGGUUCUCUCCGACGUGCCUCCUAAUGUGGUGGCAACUCCCUUGCCGGUUACCCCCGACGGGUGCUUCGUGGGGUUCGACGCCGAUGAGGGCAAGAGCCGCCACGUAGUCUCCGUCGGAAAACUGAAGGGCAUACGCUUCAUGAGUAUAUUCAGGUUCAAGGUCUGGUGGACCACUCAUUGGGUAGGCGACAAUGGCCGAGACCUCGAGAACGAAACCCAGAUGGUGAUUCUCGACAAAUCCGACUCUGGGCGUCCGUACGUACUCCUCCUCCCCAUCGUCGAAGGCCCUUUCCGAUCGUCUCUUCAGCCCGGUGAAGACGACUCUGUCGAUUUGUGCGUGGAAAGCGGGUCGACGAAGGUCUCCGGCGGCAGCUACAGGAGCUCUUUGUACAUGCACGCCGGCGAUGAUCCUUACAGUCUGGUGAAGGAAGCCAUGAGAGUGGUGAGGGUUCAUUUGGGUACGUUCAAGCUUCUGGAAGAAAAGACUCCACCUGGCAUCGUGGACAAAUUUGGUUGGUGCACGUGGGACGCAUUCUACCUUAAGGUGCACCCUCAGGGCGUGUGGGAAGGAGUCCAAGGCCUAGUUGACGGUGGGUGUCCACCUGGACUCGUCCUCAUCGACGAUGGGUGGCAGUCCAUCAGGCACGAUGAUGAUCCCAUCAGCGAUCAAGAAGGCAUGAAUCGGACGGCAGCCGGAGAGCAGAUGCCAUGCAGGCUCAUAAAGUUCCAAGAAAACUAUAAGUUCAGGGACUACGUGAGCCCUAAAAGCUCAGGCCCUACUGCCCUUGCCAAGGGCAUGGGUGCCUUUGUCAGAGACCUCAAGGACGAGUUCAAGAGCGUGGACUAUGUCUACGUAUGGCAUGCCCUUUGUGGGUAUUGGGGCGGGUUGAGGCCCAAAGUUCCCUGUCUGCCCGAAUCCAACGUCAUCUCCCCGAAGCUCUCGCCCGGGUUGAAGCUGACAAUGGAGGAUCUGGCAGUGGACAAGAUCGUGAACAAUGGAGUCGGGCUGGUUCCGCCGGAGAAAGUCGAUCAAUUGUACGAGGGGCUUCACUCACAUUUGGAGUCCGUUGGGAUUGAUGGUGUGAAGGUGGACGUUAUUCAUUUGCUGGAAAUGCUGUGUGAAGAAUAUGGUGGAAGAGUGGAGCUCGCAAAGGCCUACUACAAAGCUUUAACAGACUCCAUAAAGAAGCAUUUCAAAGGGAAUGGUGUGAUUGCCAGCAUGGAGCACUGCAACGAUUUCAUGCUCCUUGGAACAGAGGCCAUAGCGCUCGGUCGAGUUGGAGAUGAUUUUUGGUGUACCGAUCCAUCGGGUGAUCCCAACGGCACGUUUUGGCUACAGGGGUGUCACAUGGUGCACUGCGCUUACAACAGCCUAUGGAUGGGGAAUUUCAUCCACCCUGACUGGGACAUGUUCCAGUCUACUCACCCUUGCGCCGAGUUCCACGCAGCGUCUCGUGCCAUCUCCGGUGGACCCAUCUACGUUUCCGACUCAGUCGGCAAGCACAAUUUCCAGCUGCUCAAAAGCUUGGUCCUGCCAGAUGGGUCCAUCUUGAGGUGCCAGUACUACGCCCUUCCCACCAGAGACUGCCUCUUCGAAGACCCUCUUCACGACGGCAACACCAUGCUCAAAAUAUGGAACCUCAAUAAGUUUACUGGAGUUCUUGGGGCAUUUAACUGCCAAGGAGGAGGGUGGUGCCGUGAAGCGAGAAGAAACAAAUGUGCCUCCCAAUUUUCCCAUGCUGUGACCUCCGUGGCGAGCCCCAAAGACAUUGAGUGGACAAAUGGGAACAGUAGUACUCCAAUCUCCAUUGAAGGCGUUCAGCUAUUUGCCAUGUACAUGUUCCGUACCAAGAAGCUGGUCCUCUCCAAGCCAUCCCAAAACAUUGAAAUUUCACUAGACCCAUUUGAUUUCGAGCUAAUCACUGUCUCUCCCGUGACCACUCUCCCGGGGAAAUCUGUUCAGUUUGCUCCAAUCGGACUAGUGAACAUGCUCAACUCCGGUGGAGCAAUCGAGUCAUUAACCUUCGAUGAUGAGGAGAACUCAGUUCGGAUCGGCGUGAAGGGGACCGGAGAAAUGAGGUCCUUCGCAUCUGAGAAACCGAGAUCUUGUAGGAUCAACGGAGAGGAGGUUGCCUUUGGAUACGAUGAGUGCAUGGUCAUUAUCCAAGUACCAUGGCCUAAUUCUUCUAACCCAUCCCUGAUCGAGUGCUUAUUCUGAAUUUAGGGUUAUGUUUUUAUGAAUUGUAUUUUCCCUUUUAACUAUGUGUGAAGUAGGAUUUGACGGACUUUGGGCUGGGCCUGACAAUGUUGGUUAAGAUAGAUGGGCCAUCUUCUUGUCCAGUCCAAUACAAAAAAAAGGAAAAAGGUCAAUGUUCUGCUAUCAGUAAUCAUAUCUGGGCCUGGAAUUUUUAUUUUUAUUUUUGAUUCUAUGAGUUGUAGUUGCAACUUGCAACAGAAUCGUGUUCCUAGCCUUCGGUCCUCUACAUCUAAUGAUCAACCUACGUAACUUUUGAUUUGGGUUUGGCCCAUCUUGUUGUUCCACUCUUCCUAGUAUGACAUUUAUUGUCUUUGAAUA